UGAGUAUCUGAACAAAAGCUGGGACUAACUCUGCGUAUAUCCCUCCAGGACCGGAAAAUAAGAACAUACUCGUCUGUGGUGUCAGUGGUCAGGAGUCUAAUCAAGCUUUAUAUUAUUUUCUAGAAAGCCUGCAGAACGCAUGUGCAGUAGGGUCCCGUUGUAGUGCAGCAGCAGCACCAAAUUGGAGUCUACAGAGUGUGUACAUGAAAUUGAAUCCACUUGCAUGUAGAUGUGAGAAGCACAGCACUGUGUGCAGUAGACCCGCUGCUCUGAUUAGAAUGGAUGCAGCGCGCUUUAUUUUUACUCUCGGUUACAUCAGACUUACUGUUGCAGCUGAGAGUUUUUGCAAACUGCUUCUGUUCCAUCAGUGUUUGUGAUUUGUGCCAGAGGGCUGCACACUCUCAUUCUGACCUGUGAUGGACUCACACAGACUUGCUGUAAGUUUAAAUCCUGCAGCGUGAAUUAUGCGGUCCGACCUCAGAGAUGUGGAGCUGUUAGUGACUCAACAAGAUCCUGAAGAUUAAAGGGUUAAACUUUUACACACGUCUCAUUCUUUUACCUCUUCGUGUAUCUCACAUCAGGCAAAAAACGCCCCAAACUUCUUCCAGCACAUUCAGCCUGUCUGUGUUUUACAGUGCAUCGGCGAGGAGGGCUGGAGAUGGGAGGGUGUGAGAGGAGGAAGAGGAGGAUGAGGGGGAGGGAGGAGGAGGACGGUCCUGCUGUCAAACACAGAUGAAAAUCCAGCGGCAGGUUUCAGGAGGACACCGCCGUUAGGUAAUCGCAUUUAUCGUCUCCUCGGAUGCGGCGGGGGCGGGGGUCAGCGGACACCGAGCGCCGAGCUGCGCACAAAGAAAUCCGUUUCAUUCCGUUCCCUCCAACUCCGGAGCUGCUGGAGAGGCGACGUGUGCGUGCAGUCCGGUGACGGUGCACGGACACACACCGAGCCCAAACUUCAGACUGGAUUCAGAAACUGGAGCCGGAGCAGCGCCUGUGCCUCGUAAUUGGCGCAGUUACGCGGAAGGUUGUGCGCCAGUCUGAGUGGCUCAGGAGCGUCUUCAAGAGAACAUGAACGGGACACGUUAAAGAGCCGGGGCGGCUCGUCUCCGCGCUGAAAGCUUCAGUGGAGCUUCCGUAAACCUCCGGUCAGUCGGACAUAAUAAAAUCUCAUCCAUCCCAUCACACAUCCAGCUGCCAGCAUGCCCAUCAUCAGCAAUGCCAACCACGACUUCAGCACCUACUCCAUCAGCAGUGACGACAGCAGCCUCGACCGCUUCUUCACCGAGAUCCCGGAGACCGAGACCCUCAAAGGCGUUUACUUCCAGCGCGCCCAGCUCCUGCGCGACCCGAAGGCGUCGUAUGUGGUCGACCGCACCCUGCAGGUUCUGGUCAAUGUCGGCGGCAACCGCUACACCUUCCCCUGGAGCACGCUGGAGCAGUUUCCUCAGAGUCGUCUGGGUCGCCUGCGCUUCUGCACCACCCCUGAGGAGAUCGCACGACUCUGCGACGACUACGACGAGACCUGCCAGGAGUUCUUCUUCGACCGAAACCCAACAGCCUUUAGGGUCAUCCUCAACUUCUUGGCAGCAGGCAAACUGCGUCUGCUCCGGGAGUUAUGUGCCGUUUCACUGCACGACGAGCUCGACUACUGGGGCGUGGACCCCGGCCACAUGGAGCGCUGCUGCCGCCGUCGCAUGAUGGCCCGGGUGGAGGAGGUGGCGGAGCGGGAGCGUAAAGAGGAAGAGUGGAGGCAGAAGAGGAUGAUGCUGAAGAAGACCAGCACACAGACUGAAAAGGGCUAUCGCAGACUGAUCGUGGUGCUGCGCGAUAUGGUGGAAAACCCUCACUCCGGGCUGGCCGGGAAGAUGUUCGCCUGCCUCUCCAUCGUCAUGGUGAUGGUCACCGUCAUCAGUCUGUGCAUCAGCACCAUGCCGGACCUCCGAGAUGAGGAGACGAAGGGCGAGUGCUCCCAGAAGUGUCACAACAUGUUCGUGGUGGAGUCCAUCUGCGUGGCCUGGUUCACCUUGGAGUUUGUGCUGCGAUUUAUCAACGCCCAGAGCAAGCUGGCCUUCGCCCGCGGCCCGCUCAACAUCAUCGACGCCGUUGCCAUCCUGCCGUACUACGUGUCCCUGGUGGUCGACAUCAAAGACGAGUCGCACGAGGAUGUCAUCAUGGGGGCCGGCAGAGGCUACCUGGACAAACUGAGCCUGAUCCUUCGCCUGCUGCGAGCCCUACGGAUCCUCUACGUGAUGCGGCUGGCUCGCCACUCUCUGGGCCUGCAGACGCUCGGGGUGACCAUGCAGCGCAGCAUGAGGGAGUUCGGGCUGCUGCUGCUGUUCGUCUGCGUGGCCGUGACCCUCUUCUCACCUCUGGUUCAUCUAGCGGAGAGCGAGCUGGCGCCGUUUGCCGCCACGCACCCCCACCACAGCUUCAGCAGCAUCCCAGCCUCUUACUGGUGGGCCAUCAUCUCCAUGACCACCGUGGGCUACGGCGACAUGGUGCCGCGCAGCAUCCCCGGACAGAUAGUGGCGCUGACCAGCAUCCUGAGCGGCAUCCUCAUCAUGGCGUUCCCGGCCACCUCCAUCUUCCACACCUUCUCCCGCUCAUAUCAGGAGCUCAAGCAGGAGUACAAGAGGGUGUGGAAGGAGGAGCGGGACGAGGAAAUAGCUGCCGAGUCGGGGAAGAGCUGCUCCAAGGAUCAUUCUUCACUAGAUGAGCUCAAAUCCGUGUCGAAGAAUGGAAAUGAUGGGAUGAAGUCGAGCAAGACUCCCACACUCCCGUCUGCAGCGUUCUGAUGGAGGUCAUGUGACACUUUUGGUUCAUUAUGUGUUAAAAACUUUCUCCUUCCCGUACAUUUAAACUCCUGAGCACUUGUACGAUGAACGAAAUAAUAUUCCAGGUUCUAGAUUCAUGUUUCCAUCAAAGUCCAUCAGGUCAUAUUCGCCUCUUAACUUCCACCAGGUCACUGAGGUUUGUUUACAUCAAUCUGAUCUUGAUCCUGAUUUUGGCUUCACACAUUUAAAUGGAUUUGAUCACGUAACAUUAAAAAUGCACGCUCCUCCAAUAAAAAGGAAAUUGAGCGCUCCCUAAAUCAGCGUCUGACCACCUGCCUGCGUGAGCCAAUCGCAGCUGUUCCCUGCACCGUGCUGCCGGACCUGUCUGCUCAAGUAAUCGGCUCGAUUGAUUAACCAAGAAGACGUUAUGCAAAGAGGGCAUGAGAGCUGCGUCUGCACCAUAAAGCAACACAAAUAACCCGAGAACACCCAGAAAUGUAGAGUAACAAUCAUCCAACAUCAGCUCCGACAUCCAUGACGUGAGGCUGUGCAGCGUCAUCCACUCACAGAGAAACACUCAAAUCUCAUUUCAUGUGGUCAAAGAUAAGUGCCGACUAACCGCGGUGAGUAAUGAAAGCUUCGGGAAAAUGGUCAGCUUACUGGCAAAAUAUCUGUUGUUACCUCAUGGAGUUAUUUUUCAAAGCAGCAAAACGUCGAUCGUGCAGGACACAGAGAAAGACUUUAGGUCUUCCUUCCAGGAGAGGAAGGAAGACUUUUUUCGUCUGCAGACAUUCAUUUAUAAAGAAUAACUACAGGAAUGUCACAUUAUGUAAAAGUGAAAGCAGCACCCUGCUGAUUUAAAUUUCUGCAAAUUUUUGUGAAAAAUGUUAUUAAAUUAUUUUAUUUUGAUGCAAAUAUUUGUACAGAUGUGAAACCAUCAAAAAAAUGAGUGAACAAUUGUAACAAAUAAUCAAAAUAACGGCUUAAACCGUGCAGCCGUGCUGAACAUUCAUCACUUUUUAUGGAGUUUUAAAGCUUUUAGGGAAAAAACUAUACAAAAUUAAUAUAAAAUCUUCCAGUUUUUUCUGCAGCUGAAACAAAGUCCGUCUGUAUCUCUGCACACGUCACUGCUGACCUGGUGGAUUUUAGAGGUUAAACUGUCCUGUUUCCUGUCCCAGCCGUGUUUGUUUUUAAUGACGAGCUCGGCGUAUGUAAAGUAAUCCCUGUGCACCGCUGUGCUCUACACGCUCUGUUUAUCGCAGGUUUUUCUAUUGCUGGCUCUCUGUGAUGUCAGAGUGGAUCUCUUUAUAUGGUCAUCUCCAGUCCACAGCCCUGGUUGUGAGUGCAGAACCACCCAAUGUGCAAAUCUUUGUGUCUGUAAGCCAUUCAGAAGAUUGCUUUAAAAGGGGGAGGAGCUAUAAGAGUUUGUGUUCAACGUUCACUAAGAUAUGAAAGAAUUGUUUGGUAUUGUGAGUCAAAGCAAAAGCACGGAGCUGGAAAUGAGUCGUUCCCGAAGCUUUUCCAGAACAUUGAAUUCUCCCUUUGUGUUCUGAGGAGCUCCAAACUGUGGUCUUAAUAGUCUUACUCCUCUCUGUGGCUGCUAGGAGACACUGUGUCUGUAGUAAUACACUAUUUUUGUACACACACACACUCCGUGCACCAAUCCAAUUACAGUAUGAUUGUCUGGAGAGCAUCAGUGUAAUGGAAGAUCACAUUUCUUCCUCUUGGUUCUUUCGGUUUUAAUCAGAUAACUGAAAGAAGAUUCUCCAGCAUCUUCUUUUCUUCCCGUUUGCUUUUGGACUGUGACGCUGAAACUCUCGAGUUUCGGGAUGUUGGAGUGUCCUUGAAUGGACCAUCGGCGCUCACAGAAGCCGGUGAUGAAAACUUCACUGUGAUGGAUUGCACAGCACAGACGGCGUCACGUCUCAGAGAGGAUUUUUCAGAGGGAGUCGAUGGCUGCCUGGAGGGAAGAAAGUCAUUUAAAAACCAAUCAGCAGAGGUGUCGAAGCAUUUUUGAGAACCACCAACUCGGUCCUUUAAUGUGCACAGAAAUUUUUGUCCUUCAUUCUUCAACCACUCACGUCUUUCUGGCAUUUUUAAAAUAAAAUAACACUUGGAUUCAUUUGCUGUGAUGAAUGCUUUGGAUUGUUUUAUUGCACUCGAAGCUCCUGAGCAGUUUUAAUGACUACACGACAGAAAAAUGUGACUUAAAAAGAGGCCUUAGAGAAGGAGAUGGUGGGCUUCAUUGUAUUGAAUGGAAGGACUAGUUAGUAAUGAGAAAAAUGCAACACUGCAGUCAGCAGCGAUGAAUUACACGCUCUGGUAAUGACUUCCUGUGGAGCUUUAUUAUAAAGAAACUAAAACAGUGUAGGCACCUCCAGCAGUGACCAGCUAAUACCAGAAAUGAUCGUAAAACCUGCAGUGCCUCUACUGUCCAGCAGAGGCAGCAGUGAGUCAAUCCCCAUAGACUCCCAUGUUAAAGCUUUACAGCAGAAACAAACAUGUUUACAGCCUGACACACAAACUGUUUGGUCUCUGUAGAUAAUUUCUCCUUCAUAACACCUGUUUUAUAACUCACCUGGAUUAAAGCUUGUAUUAUUAGGGGCGUGGCGUCUUUGGUGACACAGGUGGCUGUAGCUGCUAGCUCUCUGCUUGGCUUCACCUCAGCUACCUGGAGUCCCUGAACUGGACCUGUGGACUGAGAGGUUAUGUAUCUGUGUCUGUGUGAUCCUCUCGUACACUCUAUGGAUGGUCCUGAGAGACAGUCUUCCUUUUGCAGCUUAAAACAAAUCUAGAACAUUUUAAAAAAUAAAUCUAAAUAAAUAAAUAAAAGUGGAGCCUCCUGAUGGCGUCGAAAUCUUGGACAGAAUUAUUCACACCUCUGCUGACAGAAAUGUAAUGUCAGAUCAAAUAUGGUCCUCACUGUAAGACGGGCAGGCAGACUGAUGAUGCUGAAAUUUGGCAGAAAAUCGGCUCCAGAUGGCUAAUUUCUGUGUUUCCUUUCAGUAAAACAGAAAAGUUUCAGUUGAGAAAUCUGCAGGGAGUUCAUGCUUUUUGGCCUGAAUUACAUUCAUUUGUGCAGCUCAUAUACAUUAAACAGGCUGAAAUAAACUGGAGUGACCCUUUAAUAAGCUGCUGUAACUCUGCCGUCACAGCUUCAUGCACAUUUCUACUCUGAACAAAACAAAAGGUCUGUUUUUGAUGUAUCUCAUUAUUAUAUUUUGUCAUCAGUUUAAAUUCAGCUGCACUUUUCCUCCAAAUGAUUUGUGCUGAAAGCCGGACGGAUCAUUUCUGUGUUUGCUGCGUUUGUCUGCAUGGCUGUCUUUGGAUGCUUUUAAUUUGAAGUGAAGUGUCGUCACGCAGACAUCUGCUGUUAUCGUUCGUGUUCGAGACGCAGAUGGAGGCUGUGCGAGAGCCUCUUUCUGUCUCUGCAGAACUUGUUUGACACUUGUUGGCACGACGGCUUCGGUUUAAAUUACAAACAAUGGGAACACUGAAGUCCAACAGGCACUCGUUCUUCUCUUCUAUCACUUCUUGUUUUCCUCCAACCUGCACGGCCUGCUGUCCUCACAGGAGACGAGGCUAACGGUGUGAAACUCACGUGUCCUUCAUCAGAUGUAGGGAAUGACUGCAGACAGAUUGGAACUUACUAUCAUCAUCAUCUUACUUCUUCUGCUCUGUCUUAACCCCAUCCCAGCGUCCUCCUCUGUCACACCAACCCUCUGCAUGUUCUCCUUCAUCAUCCUUUAUCCGAUAUAUCCAAUAUAUCCACUCUCCCUCGUCUGCACAUGUGCAAACCAUCUCAGCCUCGCUCUUCUAACUUUAAGGACGGUUGAAGCAGGAAAGGCGUAAAUCCAUAAUAUCCAAAUCAAACAUGCAGAUCAUCAGCUGCACUAAUAAUGAAAUAAACAAACUGAUUCAUAAUAAUAAAUAAAGUUCACUGAGUAGCGGUCCCCACAGUUUUGACUGUAUUGAAAAGAGCUGUAGCGGUGCUUUGGCGCACCCUGCUGGUGGCCAAGAAGAGAAGAGCUGGAUCCUGGUGGAGAGUUAAAUACCUGGGAAGAAGCUUCUCGGAUGAGAGGUGGAACAAAGAAGUCCAGUCGCUUUUCUUUCCAAGCUCCUUAGACUGGAAAGACUUUAAACUUUGCACAAGAACUUAGACAAGUUCUAAAUAUUCACAGAAUCCAAACGAUUUAAAAGCACGAAGGUCCUGGGACCAUGUAGCCUCAGGGCCGUAUCUGCUCCUUUGUGCAGGGAGAACAGAUCAGUUACACGUUUGGGACCAAACCUUCAGAAACAAGCUCUACGAGGAGCGGCGUGAGGAACCAACCAGCUCGACUUGCAUUCACCAGAGGACAUCGGAACUGGCAGGUUGCCACUAGUGACCUGAUCCCGUCACAGAUGAGAUCAGGUUCACAGUGGGCACACGUGACAGACACGAGUCUGGAGGUGCCGUGGCAAGCAUUAUGCUGCCUGAAACAUCAUCUGUGAAGGGACAACGGGCCGAUGGAAGACAAAUGCUGAACGAGCUGCAGGGCGCUGGGUGGCGAGCGCAGGUCAGAAUAAAAGAUGUCGAUAAAAUUAGAGAGAAAUCAGUCAGGAGGGAUAAGCAGAGAGCACCAGCUGCUAAACUGCUGCCUGUUUGGUUGUCUUGUUGUUUCCUCAACAGUGCAGGUGAACUGCACACAGCGAUGUCCCUGAACGCUGUGAGGAUCAUGUGAUCAUGUGUUAACAUGGCUCAUUUUAACAUUAUUCACAAUAAACGUGGAAAAGCUGGACUGAACUCGCUGCUUACACAUGGAAUGGAAAACCAAAGCCUGAGGCUACAUUUCCCGAUUGGACUGGAACUUUUUAAAAGGUUAUAAUUUCUGCAUCUGCAGCUCUCGGAUGUUCUUCUCAGUUUGUGAUCAAGUCUGACGUUAUCUGUUUGUCUGUUCUUUAACUGUACACUGGCCUCAAGAACAGGGAUCUCAAUCUUAAUGUAAUAACCAGCUCAAAUAAAGCAUCUAAUAAUAAAAAGGAAGCCAAGUCAAUCACAGCUCACCCAGUCCUUUAUACAGGGCAUGCCUGUAGUUUAACCAAUAACUUUUGUUGUUUGUUUCAUAAAUAAGUACCGCUGUAGGAGCCUCGAUGCAGUUUGUGGAGUUUAUAUGUUUAACAUAAUUUUAUUAAAACUAUAAAGUUAUGGCUCACUUGCUUAGAGUUGUAUUAUAUUGGAAGGAAUACUUACAGACUGACAUAUUAAGAAUAAUGGAACAAGUUCUCAGUUUGAUUUGUUGUGGUUAAAAUGUAUGCUUUUAUUUUAAUAAUAAUGUGUAUGUGUUAGUCCCCGUAGGGAAAUUACUCCUCUGCAUUUAACCCAUUCACCCCAGUGAAGCAGUGGGCAGCCACCAAUGCAGCGCCCGGGGAGCAGUGUGUAGGGACGGUACCUUGCUCGGGGAUGCCGAACCCCCGACCUUCCGAUCAUGGGGCAACCACUCUACCUACUGACCUAUCCCCGGCUAUCCCUAGUGUGAUAGUCUGGUAGGGACAGGAAGGCUUUUUUUGACCUCUCUGUGUCUCUGCAUCUGUUUGAACUUUGAUAAUUCUGGAUUGAGUCACCAUGUUGUACCUGAGAGGGACAAAGUGGAGCGUCGAGCUUCACUGGAAAGCUACAAUCGCUGUUUAUUGUCUCCACUGAAAUGUCUCAUAAUAUUACCUAAGAACAGUACGUAUAAUGUGAAAUUCUUGUGGAACUCCAUGUCUAACCUUUGUGUGUGAGGAAGACAUCCAACUCAGAUUCAAACUCCAAAAUAAAUUGCAGCGAAUACUUAAGUUCAAAAGUCUUUUAUUCUGAAAGGUUCAGGUGUACUACUUGGUAUUAUCUCAGUUUAAAAAAACAACACAUGAAAGGUUUAAAUAAUUAACUUUUCUUUGAAAUCAUCAGAAAUAUUGGGUUUAAGUUGUGUAACAGUUCAAACAUACAUGAACACCGAGCUGUAAAAAUCAUUGAUGUU